AUCAUCUUCAUCAUGGCUGUCUUUCUGCUCCUGCUGGCAACUUUGCUGCCAAAACUGAUCUUCACUGCCCAUAUAGAUGUGGGUAUAGUGAAUGGCAUGGAAGCAAAACCCCACUCCAGACCUUACAUGGUUUCUCUUCAAGUCCUCUUGGAUAAUACUUGGGAACAUAACUGUGGUGGAUUCCUAAUUUCUGAUCAGUUUGUCUUGACUGCCGCACAUUGCCAUAUUAGACAAAUGACCGUUGUUGUAGGUGUUCAUGACCUGAAAAGUACAAAGGAGGGUUCUGUCCGCAUCAAACUGAUGUCCUACCACCUGCACCCAGACUACAUGAUAGAUCCACUUAUGAAUGACAUUAUGCUUUUGAGGUUACAGAGCAAAGUCAAGCAAAACAAAAACAUCAACUGGAUAUCCAUACCAACGAAAGAUGUGAACAAUAAAGCUGAUUCUGAUUGCAGUGUUGCAGGCUGGGGAAAGCUGAGCAAUAAUGGCCCAGGGAGCACACGCCUCAUGGAGGUCGAUGUGAAGAUUAUGGAUAACACAAAAUGUAAAAAUAAAUGGGGGGAGGAGUACUCAGCUUCCCAGAUGAUGUGUGUAUAUGGUAAUGGAGCAAGCUGUGAGGGGGAUUCAGGAGGUCCUCUGGUUUGUGGAGACACUGCAGUUGGGAUCACAUCCUUCGGAAGCAAAUUUGGCUGCAAUUCACAUGAGUACCCUGAAGUUUAUACUAAGAUUUCAGCAUAUCUUCCAUGGAUUCACAACAUCACUGGAAAUAACUCAACCUCCUCUGAGAAACCUUCCCAGAGCAUCAUGAUCAUCUCACUGCUAUUGCUGGGCUCUCUACUGCCAUAUCUGACACUCACAGCAUAUGUGAAUGUGGGAAUAGUAAAUGGCACAGAGGCAAAACCCCACUCUAGACCAUACAUGGUUUCUCUUCAGUAUAAUGAGAAACAUACCUGUGGUGGCUUCCUAUUGUCCAAAGAGUUUGUCAUGACAGCUGCACAUUGCUUUAAAGAGAGACAGACUAUGACAGUCAUGAUUGGGGCUCAUGAUUGCAACAGCGGUUCAAGCAGCAUGGCUGUGAAGUUCUACCACAUCCAUCCUGGGUAUGACGCGAAAACUCUGCUAAAUGACAUCAUGCUACUUCAGCUGAGUGGAAAAGCCAAACAGAGCAAAAAUGUCAAUUGGAUCUCCAUACCGGGAAAAGAUGGGGACAUCAAGGCCAAUUCCGAAUGCAGUGUUGCAGGUUGGGGGACAAACAGUACCAAUGGCAGAACAAGUAACCAUCUCAUGGAAGUGGAUGUCACCAUCAAGGACAAAAAAACAUGUAAGAAGUUCUGGGGACAAACUUACUCCACCUCAAGGAUGGUGUGUGCAGGAGGACAUGGAGGGUUUUGCCAGGGAGAUUCUGGAGGGCCUUUGGUGUGUGGGGGCAAAGCAGUUGGUGUUGUUUCAUUUAAUGAGUUAAAAAACUGCAACUUUCCAAAAAAGCCAAAUGUCUACACCAAAAUUUCUAAAUUUCUGACCUGGAUAAAUGCUAUACUUGGAAGUUUGAAACAAGAACUUGAUUAUUAUUGA